UCCACAGCAUCAGUCUCUCUCUCUCUCUCUCCCCUCGACCAUCCUCAGCAUUAGUCUCUCUCUCACAUUCCUCCCUAUCUCUAUCUCCUCGACCAUCCCCAGCAUCAGUCUCUCUCUCUCUCUCCCCUUCUCUCUCUCCUCGACCAUCCCCAGCAUCAGUCUCUCUCUCUCUCUCUCUCUCUCUUCUCGCUUGCUGAAGAUUGUUCUCCACGAGUCUCCGCGCUUUACUGACGCCUGGAUCUCUGCCUUUAUGAAUCUCUUCAGUCAGCUCGUGUUAUAAAGGCUUGAUUUUGUUGAGGCACACGAGAAAAUGGAUCAAAGACUGGUGCUUUUUUUAUUAUGGCUAUUCGGCAGAUCUCUCGCUGGAUUUCCCAAUCAGAUCAAUAUAGGUGGGCUCUUCAUGCGCUCUACUGUUCAGGAACACAGCGCUUUCAGAUUUGCCGUUCAGCUCUACAACACCAACCAGAACACGACUGAGAAACCCUUCCAUCUGAGUUACAAUGUAGACAACCUGGAGUCCUCCAACAGUUUCUCUGUCACACACGCAUUUUGUUCGCAGUUCUCCAGAGGUGUGUACGCCAUCUUCGGCUUCUACGAUAAGAAGUCCAUGAACACGCUGACUUCCUUCUGCGGCGCCCUCCACACCUCCUUCGUCACGCCCAGUUACCCCAUCGACUCAGACGUGCAGUUCGUCAUUCAGAUGCGGCCGCCGCUGAGGGGGGCCGUCCUCAGUCUCCUGUCUCACUACAAGUGGGACAAGUUUGUGUACCUGUACGACACAGACAGAGGAUUCUCCAUCCUUCAAGCCAUAAUGGAGGCAGCGGUGGCCAACAACUGGCAGGUAACUGCACGCUCGGUGGGCAGCAUAACGGACCCCCAGGAGUUUCGCCGCAUCAUUGAAGAAAUGGACAGGAGACAGGAGAAACGUUACCUCAUCGACUGUGAAGUGGACCGAAUCAAUGUCAUCUUAGAGCAGGUUGUGGCGCUGGGGAAGAACAGUCGGGGUUACCAUUAUAUUAUUGCCAAUCUGGGCUUCACCAACAUCAGUCUGGAUAAAGUGUUUCAGGGUGGAGCAAACAUCAGUGGCUUCCAGAUCAUCAAUCCUGAGAACCCUGUUGUACAACAGUUCCUCCAACGCUGGGACCGUCUGGAUGAAAGAGAGUUUCCAGAAGCUAGAAAUACUCCUCUGAAGUAUACCUCGGCGCUAUCCUACGACGCCAUCCUGGUCAUUGCCGAGGCUUUCCGUUACCUGCGACGCCAGCGAGUAGACGUGUCCAGACGGGGCAGUGCCGGGGAUUGCCUGGCCAACCCCGCGGUCCCUUGGAGCCAAGGCAUUGACAUUGAAAGAGCUCUGAAAAUGGUCCAGGUGCCGGGCAUGACUGGAAAUAUCCAGUUUGACAGCUUUGGCCGCAGAUCAAACUACACUAUUGACGUUUAUGAAAUGAAAACAGGGGGGCCGAGAAAAAUUGGAUACUGGAACGAGUUUGAGCGCUUUGUAAAUAUAAUGGAUCUGCAGUUCAGCAACGAUACCUCCUCAGUGGAAAACCGAACAAUUGUGGUCACUACUAUUAUGGAGGCGCCAUACGUGAUGUACAAGAAAAACCACAUGCAUCUGGAAGGCAAUGACAAGUAUGAAGGCUACUGUGUCGAUUUAGCUUCUGAGAUUGCCAAACAUGUUGGGAUUAAGUACAGACUGUCUAUAGUCAUGGACGGAAAAUACGGCGCCCGCGACCCUGAAACCAAGACAUGGAACGGGAUGGUGGGUGAACUCGUGUAUGGGAGAGCAGAUAUAGCUGUGGCACCCUUGACCAUCACACUGGUGAGAGAGGAGGUCAUCGACUUCUCCAAACCCUUCAUGAGUCUGGGCAUCUCCAUCAUGAUCAAGAAACCUCAGAAGUCAAAGCCAGGUGUCUUUUCAUUCCUGGACCCUCUGGCUUACGAGAUCUGGAUGUGCAUCGUGUUCGCCUACAUCGGCGUCAGUGUGGUCCUCUUCCUCGUCAGCCGCUUUAGCCCCUAUGAAUGGCAUUUGGAUGAGAGUGAUGAAGCCAAAGACCCCCAGACCCCUCCAGACCCGCCUAAUGACUUUGGGAUUUUUAACAGCCUGUGGUUCUCUCUCGGGGCCUUCAUGCAGCAGGGCUGUGAUAUCUCGCCAAGGUCCUUAUCGGGCAGAAUAGUGGGAGGCGUCUGGUGGUUCUUCACCCUCAUCAUCAUCUCGUCCUACACGGCUAACCUGGCUGCUUUCCUGACAGUGGAGAGGAUGGUUUCUCCCAUCGAGAGCGCAGAAGAUCUCGCCAAACAAACAGAGAUCGCAUACGGAACCCUGGACUCGGGAUCAACCAAAGAGUUCUUUAGGCGUUCCAAAAUAGCGGUGUACGAGAAAAUGUGGUCGUACAUGAAAUCAGCCGAGCCCUCCGUGUUCGCCAAGACGACACCCGACGGUGUGGCACGGGUACGCAAGUCGAAGGGCAAAUUCGCCUUUCUUCUGGAAUCCACCAUGAACGAGUACAUUGAGCAGCGGAAGCCGUGCGACACCAUGAAAGUUGGCGGCAAUCUGGACUCAAAGGGCUACGGUGUGGCCACCCCCAAAGGCUCAGCAUUAAGAACUCCUGUAAACCUUGCAGUAUUGAAACUCAGUGAACAAGGCAUCUUAGCCAAGCUGAAAAACAAAUGGUGGUACGAUAAGGGUGAAUGUGGAACCAAGGACUCUGGAAGUAAGGACAAGACAAGCGCUCUGAGCCUGAGCAAUGUGGCUGGUGUCUUCUAUAUUUUGGUUGGUGGACUGGGGCUGGCCAUGAUGGUGGCUUUGAUAGAGUUCUGUUACAAGUCACGUGCAGAAGCAAAAAGGCUGAAACUUGAAAAGAAUGCCCAAAGCUAUAAGCCAGCCCCUCCAGCCAACACUCAAAACUUUGCCACGUACCGAGAAGGCUACAACGUUUACGGAACAGAAAGCGUCAAGAUCUAAUGCAGAGACCUGCAGUGUUGGGAGAUCAUUACGACGAGAGAUGGCUGGAUGUUCAGGAAGGGUCGCUUGCCCGUCCGCCUCUCUUGCCCACUCUUCAUUCACAUCAACCCCAGCCUCUCCUCUCCUCUCCUGCCCACGCGCCGACGCACCAACACCAGCGUGGACUGUUGGAAGAAUUGGACACGAUUUCUUCAGUGCCUUAUGGGAUAUUCAGAGAAUCAUGUUGAUGCAAACUCAUAGUAGAAACACUGCAUCGCUCAAAUCACACAAACAUCAUCAUCAUAAUCUGUGAAAUAAUCUCUGAGUACACACAUAACUCCAUGGAAACCAAGAAAUAAAGCCAUCGUUUGCGAUUUUAGCACACUGAAAGAGCCAAUCUGACUUCAGACGUCUUCUGUGAACUUUGUGAAACCUGGUUGUCAAGCCAAAUGGGGAAUCGCUUGUCAAACAUCAACUGUAAAUUUGCUUUCACAAUCAUUAAAUCGCUGUAUUAGUUUAUCAGAUUUGGAUGAUUUAACAACAGAUCAGGAUUAUUGUGAAUCUGCUGACAUGUUAAAUAUUGUCUGUGUUUUUUUAUCUAUAUUUUACAGCAAGUUAGAUCACAAGCUAUAAACCCCAUUUGACCGGUAGUAAUAAUAAUAAUAAUCGUGUUCACGCAUAUGAAUUUCCAAAAAUCACCUUGGAGUUAGCCGAUUUCAUUCAUACACACUAACAAAGUCUUGAAAUGUUGUAGUUUUCACAGCAUACUGUACAAGAAACUCAAGCUAUAAAAUGGAUGACAUUAAUGUAGAUAAACUGCUCUCCACUUAAAGGACAUGGCUUUUAUGAUGUAGUAUUUGAUUACCUCACAGUUUUCCGACUAUAAUUCGCACAGAAAAUCAAGCUUUGAGAUUUCCUCUGAUUUGAUGAGCAUUCUAAGUGUUUGGUGAAUUAUUUAGACAACAAAGCUAAGAUUAAUAACAUUUACAAUAGAUGUGUCCUGGAGAAAACAGGGGAAGGCUUAGCACAUAGACAUUUUUGUGUUUGAAAGAAAACUAAACUGUGAUUCGGUGUGAUUCAGGAAGGGAGUGACCCUGGAUCCACAGAAAGAUAGUUUUAUAAUGAAAAGCUUUUCAAGGAAUAAAACUGUACAGUGAGAUUUCUAGCUAAGUAUUCACAAAUGAGUGACUGAAUUCCCAGAUUUUCUAUCUGCAUGCGAAAAUUUGUGAUUGCCAAGUAAAAGCCCUGAGACUUCCGUUAGAUUCUAGAGGGCCGGUAUAGAAAGGCAAUUUCAAACCUUGAUAUUUUGACCUGUAAAACUGCACUUCAGCCCAGACGACAUGAACAGUGUCAGGCUAAUGUAAGACUGCAUGCAUGGCUAUCAAUCCCUGAGCCCUGAUAGUGAGGCCUUGUACAAAGAAUUUUAAUACAUUUUGUAAAUAAAAACAAACAA